AUGCAUACCACCAACCCAGUAAAAUCAAUACCCAACAUUGUGAAUGUUGAAUUUCCUUCUGGAACAGCAGCAAAUACACCUCAAGAGAUCUGGCCGUUGUCGAAUGUUCCAGGAGAAAUGUUGGAUCCCCAAUUGCAAACGACCAGGCGCACUUCAAACAUCGAUACAAUCGCAGCUGUUGACCAAAACCAUGAGCAACUCUUCAAUCAGGUAUCAUUCAUCGCUGAUGAGCUCCUUAGAUCCCCUGUCCGUGAUGAGGGACCAGAGCAAGACAUCCGAAUAUCAGAAAGAUCUUUGGGUGAAUUUCGUUUGGAAAGUUCCACAAGGCCGGCGAAACGCUUGAAACCAGGUCGUGAUCCUCAACACUGCGCUUCUACAGGACCAGCUGUGAGAGCAAUGUAUGAUGGCUUUGCGGAGUGCCUAAAUGAACCAGGUAAAAUCCAAUAUCGAGUGGGGCCGGGGCAAGCCAGGUCGGGCUUCCUCGGCAACGUCCCAGUUCCUCGUAGGGGUAGUCAAGCUCUGCAACAAUCAACCCCGGAAAAUCAAAGUUCCAAGUCGAUCGUAGAGGUUCGCGCUCAAGAGGGGAUGCAAGGGAACCCCUCAAAUGAUCACCGACCCCCUGACUCCUCCCCAUUGGAGAGCCAGAAUCCAGUUGAAAUUUUGAAAGAAAGUCAUUUCAAGAAGAGACCCAUUCCUCUAUUUUCAUUUCCGACCCUCGAGUCUUGUUCAAGCAAGCAGGCCCUCAGCCACCCCUCUAACGAUUUCAAGCAGUUGCCUCCAACAAUUCAACCCAAUCCUACGGCUGUGGGGCAUCCAAGUCUAUUGGCAUUUGGCUACUAUUCUCAUCAAGCGUUGGCGUGGUUCCCAGGCCAAGUGAGUCAGAUAGCCUCACUUGGAGCACACGCACUCGCAUAUCAGCUUCUUCAACAUAUUGCCGAUCUUGAUACCAAAGCAAAGCUUCAAAAAAUGCACGAAUCAAAUGGUAUAUUGAUUCCAUUCAUCUAUAAUCUAAUUCUCAAAGAAUUGUCGAAUACGCACUGGGUCAGAAUAAAAGAGGUUUGGGGAUAUCUCUGGCAACAUUGGUCUCAAUUGAAGAAUGUAGAUUCAGAUGAAGAGGUCCUCAGGACAGAAAAAAGACUCUUUCCCACCACAAUCUUCCGGCUGCAAUGA